UGCGACUUCUUUUUAUUGUGCCUCCUACACCCUUCAAGUCUCCUUUCCUUAAAUCUCUCUCUCUCUCUCUCUCUCUCUCUCUCUCUCUCAUGUAUAUAUAUAACAUGAUUCAGGAAGGAUACAAUAACCCUUCUUUUUCAUCACUCAUCAUGUCCCGUGGGGUUGACAUAGCUUGGCUUGUCUUUCUUUGUUUCAAUCGAAGCUAACAAGCAAUUUCUGAUUCGAAAACCACACUAAAGAAGCACAAGUAAGAGGAAGAGGAGGAGGAGGAGGUCAUAAACUUAGUAGAAAUGGGUACAAGGAUUGUUCAUUGUCUUGUAUUAAUCCAAUUGGGUCUUGUUCUAUGUUCAGAUUCAAUUGUUACAUAUACAGAAGCGUUUCGACACAAGGGACAACAAUCCCGUAGGGUGAGACAUCUACUAUCCAUCUCCAUUUCCACAAGGCAAAUGGACAUUACAACUCCAAUAACAACUGUUCCAACUAUUAAUCCCACAACUCCUACUGCAACUCCUUCAGUACUAAACCCUGCAGAUUCAAACCCUGACUCACCAACCACCACGAAUCCAAUGAAUCCGGUCAUGACUCCGUCCACGACAACGCCCCCCAUAUCAUCAAGUGGAAGCUGGUGCGUUGCAAGCCAAUCUGCAUCGCAAAUAGAAUUGCAGGUUGCUUUAGACUAUGCUUGUGGCUAUGGUGGUGCGGAUUGUUCAGCAAUUCAAGCUGGUGGCAGCUGCUACAACCCUAACACAAUUCGUGACCAUGCUUCUUACGCGUUUAACAGUUACUAUCAGAAGAACCCGGUUCCUAGAAGUUGUUUUUUUGGUGGGACUGCUGUUACCACCAGCACUGACCCAAGUCAUGAUACAUGUCCAUAUCCAUCAACUAGCACAAGCUCAUCCAUUUUGAACACAACCAAUUCCAGUGGGUCAACAGUUUUUGGUUCUGGACCUAUCACUCCCUCCACUUCGUCUGCUGCAGCUGUGUCAAAUAACUUCCCACAUUCUUUCAUUUUAAUAUGUCUCAUUAAGUUUCUAGCCAGAUAUCAUGUAUAGAACAGAUGGAGACUAUUCCUCACUUUUUCGCUCUGGACUGAGUAAUGAGACAAACAAUUUUUUCUUGGUUUGGUAGGGGACAGAUACAUAAAGGAGUUGGAAAGGGAUUGAUAUAUGAGGAAAAAGGAGCAGCCUACUUGGUUUUUGUAUUGGUAGAGGCCUUGCUUCGUUGUAGUUUUGAAGUAGUUAUAUAAUGUUUUAUCAAGCUCGUUUGGUUUAGAUUUUUGUAAAGGAUUGAAAUGGUAGUGAUGCUUCCAAAUUUUGUGAUAGGUCUUUAUAUAUAUGGUGAUAUUGUUUGUAUGAUAGACCUCUGAAACUGGAAGCUCAAUUUGCCUU